UAUAGUCUCACUUAGCCUAGCACUCUCAAAAUAACACAAACAAAGAAACAAACCUAAAAUAAAACCUUUACUUCCUAUUGUUAAAUUGUUAAAUAAUAAUAAUAAUAAUACACUCUUCACUCUUCACUCUUCUUCUUCUCUCUCUCUGCAAUGUAGGUCGCCGGAGAAUGGCAAAGUGUCACCAGAACAACGUCGGAUCCGUCGCUCUCGACCACCGCCACUCUGCUAAAAAUGACACCGCCGGCGGCCAUUUCCGCGUGCUCCGCCGCAUGAUCUUCGACGCCGUCAGCUGCGGCGGCACCUCUCGCUACCGGUACCGCCAGCGCGGCGGAGAGGAAGAUGACGGCGGCGACUUCAGCUCGGCGGCGAGUCACGCAGUGAAGGAGCAGAGGUCGGAGAAACUAUCGGAUCUGCUGCACGUUGCAGAGAGCGAAACGACGGCGGAGGCGCAGAAGAAGGAAGAGGCAUUGGCGGAGCUGAAGCAUGUGGUGGCGGAGCUGCGCGGCGAAGACUUCACGAAGCGUCGAAUCGCCGCGUCGAGAGUGAGGUCACUCGCGAAGGAAGAUUCGGAAGCGAGAGCGGAUCUCGCAAUGCUCGGAGCAAUUCCUCCUCUCGUCGGAUUGCUCGAUUCGGAAGACGUUGAUUCUCAAAUUGCCUCGCUCUACGCUUUGCUCAACCUCGGAAUCGGCAACGAUGCGAACAAAGCGGCUAUAGUGAAAACCGGCGCUGUGCACAAGAUGCUGAAGCUUAUUGAAUCGCCUAGUGGUUCUAAUUCGUCGGUAUCUGAAGCGAUUGUUGCGAAUUUCCUAGGAUUGAGUGCUUUGGAUUCGAAUAAACCGAUAAUUGGAUCCUCCGGUGCAAUACCGUUCCUAGUUAGAACCCUAAAGAAUUUAGAUGAUAGUGAAAGCGCUUCGCAAUCGCAAGUGAAGCAAGAUGCUCUGCGCGCUUUAUAUAAUCUUUCGAUCUGUCAGAGCAACGUUUUGGUGGUUUUGGAAACCGAUUUGGUUUGGUUUUUAGUGAACGCGAUAGGGGACAUGGAAGUGAGUGAGAGGUGUCUCUCGAUUCUGAGCAAUUUGGUGUCGACGCCGGAGGGCAGAAAGGCUAUUAGCGGUGUGAGCCAUGCGAUUCCGAUUUUCAUUGAUGUGUUGAGUUGGACGGAUUCGCCAGAGUGCCAAGAGAAGGCGUCGUACGUUUUGAUGGUUAUGGCGCACAAAGCGUACGGUGACAGGCGGGUGAUGAUAGAGGCAGGGAUUGUGUCCUCGCUGCUUGAGUUGACGCUCGUGGGUUCCACCUUGGCUCAGAAGAGAGCCUCCAGGAUAUUGGAGUGUUUGAGGGUCGACAAAGGGAAACAGGUUUCUGGCAGCUACGGUGGAAACUUGGGUGUUUCUGCUCCUAUUUGUGGAUCUGGCUCUUCCUCCAAGGAGGGUGGUUUGGUUGAGGAGGAAGAUGGUGUGAUGAGUGAUGAAAAGAAAGCGGUGAAGCAAUUAGUGCAGCAGAGUUUGCAGAACAAUAUGAUGAAAAUUGUUAAGAGGGCCAACUUGCGUCAGGAUUUUGUUCCAUCUGCCCAUUUUGCUUCACUCACUUCCAGUUCCACUUCCAAGAGCCUGCCAUUUUGAAAAAUCAAUGCCUGCAUCACAUUCAUUGUAGUUUCCUGCAGUUUUUGUUCUUGUAGCUAUUUCCUAGCACAAAUAAUAAUAAUAAUAAUAAUAAUAUAGUA